AUGAGUGAGCAGCACGACGAGGUGGUAGAGCUCUUGAAGCAGGUGCUCAACCAGAGCCUUGUUUGGGCGUGCUAUGAACACAUAGACAUCACGAGUGCAGGAACAUUGUUCCAGCCCUCAGGACCCGAUGAGAUGGUCCUCAAGUCUCUUGCCCGCGAGCCCUUUUGGCCAGAUGAGAUCAGCCCCAGCGCCGGUAUUUUGGCCGUAGCGCCGUACCGGAAUCCUUGCCCUGAAGAGGCCAAGAUCGACCUCUCCAAGGCCGUUGUGUUCGUUGCGACGGGAGCUCCCGGUGUUGGCAAGACCCGAAUGGCAACAAUGCUGGUAGAGCAAACAGGGUUAACCUGCAUCGAACCAGACUCCAUCAUUGAGAAAGAGGAGCGCAGAUUGGGGUUCUGUAUUUCCAGACAUGUCCCCGACUCAGUCGGUGAACACAAAAUCGUCCCCAAUUCUAUCCUGUUCCUCCUCAUCAAGCAGGAAAUAAAGGAGCAGUUGGCCGCGGGCAAGGACGAGUUUAUCAUCGACGGCCUGGCUAUGUCGCCUGUCGUGUAUAAUUUCUUGACCCAGCACUUCAACUAUCAGUACACCAUUUGUCUGUAUGCCGACGAGGAGAAAUCUUCUGGCAUGGCCCUCUUGUUCGUUUUGUUAUGGAAACCCUUCUUCUGGAACUCUUGA